AUGGAUCACAACGAUGAAGUUACCAAUGGGUUCUCCCAAGCGCACGAAGAAGAUGACGACGAAGUUUACCUGGACGAAGAUGAGUUCCCAGCCGCGUCCGUAACACUACUAGACGAGGAUCCCGUCAAAGCCAAAUUUGAGCGACACGUUGAAGAGGCACGAAUAUUAUCCAACAACCUACAAACCUUUGAAUCAAGUGACAAAGCAAGCCAGCAACUCAAAUUUGUUAACGACAGGUUCAGCGAAUGGCACAACACAACCGAGGAGGGGAAGAACUUUCUUCACUUCCUGGCAGACUACGACCACAGGAUUCACAAACCGCCCGUCAACCUCCAAUGGCUAAUGUGGCGAGCCAUUCGCAAGCUCCCGGCGCAUCUGCUCUGGUCGCCGGACAACAACAAGCGCAUUCCUCUGACCAGCGCACUAUUGGCGAAUAACUCGCUGUUUGGCUGGUCGGUAUGCUUGAAGAUUAAGGAUGCAACAUGUCAGGAGUAUAAUGCUCUGUUGCAGAAGAGAUAUGAGAACUGGGACGAGAACAGUGAGACUACGUGCUUGCACGCCGCUGCGACUUGUAUCUUUGACAAUGGAGACAAGAGAACAGAGUUCUUUACCAAGAUUUGUGGCUUCGUACCUAGAGACAUGUUCCUUGUACGAGACACAAAACGGCGCACCGCCCUUCACCGUGCGGUCGAGUAUGAGUGCUGCUGCAACAGUCAAGUCGAAGUGGUCAAGGAGAUCCUACGCUCAUGUCCUGACCUCUUGGAUGAGCCUAUUCAAGAUCCAGAUGACUUCAAUCGUACUUUGUCAGUCUACCAAUACCACCAUCAUACCCGGAAGAAGUUCCUCGAGAGUCGACGACGACGCGCCCAAGAUCUAGCCAUCCAAGAGCCAGCAGCAGCCCCAAGAAGAGUAGAGCACAAGCAUGAAAGAGGAGUCGAUCCAAAGAAGGAUGCAAAGAGGGUCGUGACGAGGACGGAAAAGUCAGGCUCGGAAAAGACAAGCAUGGGCCCUCCGCCAGGCGUGAAGCGAAGGGGUUCCAUUGCUGCAACUCCACAAGGUGCUACAACUCCAGUGCAAUCUCCGUCCUUGACGCCAAUUACUCGAGUAAAAACAGGGACAGCAGCUCGAUCAGACAUUGUGCAAAAGUCGGGGUCGAAGGAGAAGGAGAUGGAAGAUGCAGCGAGAACGAUUAGCAACCUACUAAAACUCCAGACUUUACGAAAACUAAGUCCAGAGAAAGCAGCGGAUAGUCUGAGAUUACCAGAUGAUCCGGAUAAAGAAUUUUGGUUUGACUUUGGGCCGCCCAACACAGUCAGCCAAGAUGACUUUAAGAAGUAUUUUGGCCAUUUGCAGUUCGACACGGCGCUGCAGUAUGUUGGGUUUCCAAGGGUUCGUCUCAAGGGGGGUAGAGAACAGCCCGAUGUGAGACAUCAAGGAAGAAAGGAUAUGACAUUCUUUUUUGAUUGGCUGCGAGGAAAGUCGGUGACUCGAAUCAUCAAGGUUGUUGUAGAGGAUAUGGAAAAGCCUUCGCAUAGUGACGAGGCGAUCGAAGAGUGCUUGAAGGAUCUUGGAGUCGAAAUCCUUGACUGGAGACGUCUUGAUCUCGAUGCCCUCUCACUUUGCAAGAUUGGGACUCAUCUACGUGAGGUUCACCUCCAAUGGAGUGGCAGCAACUCGACCCUCAGAGCGUGGUCCGAGAAAGAGGGUCUAGCAUCGAUUCCUACACUGGAAGUCAUUCACCUAUUCCAGCACGAAGGCCUCGAAUCUCGCGAGCGAACCAUGGAGAACCUCAACGCCUUUGAGAAAAGACUACACGACUCCUGGCCCGAAGGAAGACCCAAGCCCCAGGUCAUCCCCCCCAAAACAGGCGGCGGCGUGCGUAUGGCACAAGUCCAAGCCCCCGACGCAAGACCCCAACCGUUACAACGCUCAAUCGAUCCUCAUAAGUGGAUGGAAUGCAUGACGAGCUUCUCCAAGCGCUUCAAGCAGAUAAAAGCGCUCCGGGGCAAUAGCCCCUCUCUACCGCCGGUGGAAGUGGCCCUGAUCGAUGAUGGCGUUGAUAUCAUGCACCCUGAUCUCAAUGACACGAGGGAUCGCACGUUCCUAGGCCAGAGCUUUGAUCACCAUAAUGGCGGCUCGACACCUCGCGUGCCACCGUAUUGGAGCUCACCCUCUGGGCACGGGACGUUAAUGGCGAGACUUAUCCAUAAGAUAUGCCCCAGUGCCAUCAUACAUGUCAUCAAGCUACAGACGUUUUGGUCGGGGAACUCCAAGAAGCUUCAGAUCAAACCUGACAGUGCAGUAAAGGCCAUCAACUACGCCGCCAAGAGAGGAUCCCAGAUCAUCUGCAUGUCAUGGACCAUCAAACCGCCAGAAGAACCACUGAGAAGCCAAUUCGACACAGCCAUCUUCAACGCCAUCGGCAAACACGGCUGUCUCAUAUUCUGCGCAGCCAGUGACCAAGGACAGUCCGCAGACGUUAGCUAUCCCCACGCAAGCAGCCACCACUGCUUCAGAAUCGGCGCCGCAAAAGCAACCGGCAACAUAGUCGACACAGUCGGCGAUUCCCAGACCGUAGAUUUCAUCUUUCCCGGGCACGAAGUCGUAAUCGACAGCAACGAAACCAAAACCCAGUUGGAAAAGUUCGACGCUCACUCUGGUAGUUCUGUUGCCAACGGUCUAGCAGCAGGUUUAGCAGCGCUUGUCAUCGAGUGCGUGAGGUUAGGAGCCCUGUACACCAGAGAGUAUAGAAAGUUGGAGCCAAAGGUGGCUAUUAAUUACAGCCAUAUUUCCAUCGAUGAAGAGGAUUUGAAGAAGAUACGGAGUCGUGCGCAGAUGGCGUAUGCGCUGAAUUGGAUUGGGACUAAUCAGAAUACGAAUAAUAAGUAUAUAGAGGUUUGGCAUACGUUUAGUGCUGUUGCGGAGAAGCUGUCGAGGAGUGAGGGCGUUUCACUUGAGCAGCUGGAACAUAUUGCGACGCUGGCUGGGUUCUUCCUGAAGAAGGGGAUGUAG